AUGCCUUUUACACUUACACUUAAGCCAAAGAAAGCCAAAGGUGGACAGGUCUACUACCCACUUCAACUGAACCUCGUUUCCAAGCCCUCGCCCGGUCCCAAUGAAAUCCUGAUUCAGCUUGAAGCUGCAGCUUUGAACCACAGAGACUUCUUCCUCCGCCAGAAUCUCUACCCUGGCCUCUCCUUCAAGUCUCCUAUGCUUUCGGAUGGGUGCGGCACUGUUGUCGAACUUGGAAGAGGCUGUAAUGCGGCGUCUAGCGAACUUCUCGGCAAAAAGGUGAUCCUGACUCCCUUCCGGGGAUGGGAUUCUAAUUCAGAAGGCCCAGAAGACUAUUCGAACUUCAGCACGAUUGGUGGUGUUGAGCCUCAUUUCGACCUUGGGAUGGCGCAGAACUACAUCUCGGUACACGAGUCCGAGGUUGAGGUAUUGCCGGAGCACUUGAGCAGCAUCGAGGGAGCUGCUAUACCAUGUUGUGGUAUCACGGCCUGGCGUGCUUUGGUGACCAAGUCCGGCAAUGCCAAACCUGGCCGCAAUAUUCUUGUAACCGGUAUUGGGGGUGGCGUAGCUAUACAAACGCUGCUUUUUGGUGUUGCCAUGGGCUGCAACAUGUACGUCAGCUCCAGCUCUGACGAAAAGCUUGCCAAGGCGCGCCAACUUGGUGCUAUUGGGACAGUCAAUUACAAAACCGACUCUGAUAGCUGGGACAAGACUCUGGGAUCGUUGCUGCCUCCGGAACGACCGUAUUUAGAUGCCGUCAUCGAUGGAGCAGGUGGAAAUAUUGUCACCAAAGCUCUGACUGUUCUCAAGCCUGGGGGUGUAAUCGUAUGCUAUGGCAUGACGAUCGGGCCAGUAAUGGAUUGGCCUAUGCAGGCAGCGCUGAAGAAUGUCGAUUUGCGGGGCACUAUGGUCGGAUCAAGAGCGGAAUUCCGAGACAUGGUGAAAUUCAUCAAGGUGCACAGAAUCAAACCCAUCAUUAGCAGAAGCGUCAAGGGCUUAGAUUGCGUGGAUGCUAUUGAUGGAUUGUUCGAAGAUAUUCGCGCGGGAAAGCAGUUUGGAAAGUUGAUUCUUGAAAUCUAG